GUACGACGAAAUGGUGCAUUACCCGGGGUUAGAUGGCAUCCCUUUGGCUGGCUUUGGGGAUGCACACACAGGAAGAGCAAUGCAACACCACUCUCUCAGCCAGAGCUCACCCUAUGGGUCUGCGGGGGCGGCUCACCGGGUCCCAAUGCCCCCUGGUAUGGGCAGCAAUGACGUCUUGAAGAGGGAGAAGGAUGAGAUUUAUGGACACCCCCUCUUUCCCCUACUGGCACUGGUGUUUGAGAAGUGCGAACUGGCGACGUGUUCACCGCGGGAUAAUUCCGGCUCCUACCCAGGGGGGGACGUGUGCUCAUCGGACUCCUUCAACGAAGAUAUUGCUGUGUUUGCUAAACAGGUCAGAACGGAAAAACCUCUCUUCUCUUCCAAUCCGGAGCUGGACAACCUGAUGAUACAGGCGAUCCAGGUUUUACGAUUUCACUUGUUAGAGCUGGAAAAGGUUCAUGAUUUAUGUGAUAACUUCUGUCAUCGAUACAUCACCUGUUUAAAAGGCAAGAUGCCCAUCGACUUGGUGAUAGACGACCGUGAUGGUUCCUCCAAAUCAGACCUGGAAGAUUUCACAGGAUCCUGUACAAGUCUAUCAGAUCAGAAUAAUUCAUGGAUACGCGACCAUGAUGAAACAGGCUCCACCCACUCAGGAACGCCGGGUCCGUCCAGUGGAGGGUUGGCUUCGCAGAGUGGGGAUAAUUCCAGUGAACAGGGUGACUGUCUAGACAACAGUGUGGCCUCGCCCAGUACGGGGGACGACGAUGAGUUAGACAGGGACAAAAAAAGGAACAAGAAACGAGGGAUUUUCCCUAAAGUCGCCACAAACAUCAUGAGAGCGUGGCUCUUCCAGCACCUUUCGCACCCAUACCCCUCAGAAGAACAAAAGAAGCAGCUAGCACAGGACACAGGGCUUACGAUACUUCAGGUCAAUAAUUGGUUCAUUAAUGCAAGAAGGCGGAUUGUUCAGCCAAUGAUUGACCAAUCAAACCGCACAGGAAUUGUCGUUGUUACCGUAGGUCAAGGUGGUGCACCUUAUAGCCCAGACGGUCAGAACAUGGGGGGAUAUGUCAUGGACGGCCAGCAGCACAUGGGAAUCCGCCCACCAGGCUUCCAAGGAAUCCCAGGGGACUACACUGCGGCCCCGGGCUCUAUGGCCAUGGGAUUCCCUCCAGCCGGUUACACGCCCGCCAUGCCCUCGCACCCUGCCGGCCUGCGUCACGGACCUUCUUUACACUCCUACCUCCCAGGGCACCCCCAUCACGCCUCCAUGAUUCUGCCCGCAGGCACCUCCCCUCACCACCUGGUGUCAGCGCAGAGCCCGGCGGACGCACUUCUCAACGGUCAAAACAUAGACAUUCACGCUCACUAA